AUGCCAGCGAAUUUACUGUUAGAGGAUCUGCAGCAGUCUAACGGACAGCUAAUCAAUCUGACAAGGCAUCACGAUGGCGAUAUCUUCUACACAAGUGGUCUGGGUGCUUGCAACGCGGACACCUGCAUUGGACUUUCCAGCGGCACCGCAGCUGUGGCGCGUUUGCCCAGCGAUGCCAACGGUAACUCUGCUGACGGACUGGGUCAAGCAGCCGCUGCCGCCGCCUCUAUGGGCGGCUCUCGCUUGGAGUUGCUGACGCGCCGCAUGCAACUGCAGCAGCAGCAACAGCGACAGCCAAGCUUGGAGCAGGAGCAGAGCUGCAGUUGCCGCUGCUUGCCAUAUUUGCGCGCCUAUCGCGAGGACUUGGGCAUCUGUGUGGAUGAUGUACAUGAAUGCUCUCUAUCGCCAUUUGUCAGCGGCUCAUCGUCGGAGAAAAUACCGUUUGUGUUUUUGCCACUACGCGGCCAAAUCAUUUACCCCAGCAGAGAAAUCAGUUUUCCCAAUAUACACACACCUGUGUGUGCUGUGACAGGUGCGCAGUAUUUGAGCUCCAAUGGCUGGUCGGAUUUGCGUAAUCCGAUUGAUACGGAUUAUCCGUUUCGUAUGUUUCGCGAUGAGGGACGCAGCUUUCUGCAGUGGCUGGGCGAGACGGAGCUGCGCCAGAAAAUGCAAGGACGUCUCAUUGUAGUGCACUUGGUGUGUCGGGACAUGACUGUGCCACUCAAUGCCAGUCAGAAGGAUCAUUUAAUGACGCCCAAGAACGUGCACUCACCCUGCGUAGCCUUUCGCGUCAAUGGCAGUCCCGUCAAGUACUCGCAUAACGUGCCGGAGGUGUUCUUUCAGCCAGCCAACUCCACAACGCUGGCCUCCACCUCGGAUGGCAUGAGCAUGCGCGAGUAUGUGGUCAUUGGCAUCUGCAGCUUGCUGCUGGGCCUCAUCUAUGUGGCCUCUGUGUUUCUCUAUUUGUACAUGAAGAAGCGCAAGAGUCGCGGUCGCCACAGCUCGCGUCACUCGCUGGACAAUCUGGCCAAUGAAAUCAACUAUCCGAAGAACGAUCAGGUUACAUAUGGUGCGCCCUUUAGUCGCGUGGGCAGCGUUUACUCCGCCAACAGCAUGGGUCUGGGCAGCGCCAAUGAAGCCAAUGCGCGCGCUAGCUUGGCAAGUCUCAAGGAUGAUAUGGGCAUUGUUAAGAACAAUCCGCUGCUGCAGCAUUUUCCGCAGCUCAGCGAGCGUGAACUCAACUCUGGCUUUGCCAGCGAUAUAUCCAACUCCAAUUCGGAGUGCGAGCUGGAGGAGCAGCUUAAGACAUCCGUUUCGGUUCUGGUGCAUCCACAGCUGAACUUGACCAACAAGUCGCCCAAGCCGGAAAAGAACAGCGCAGCCAGCAGCGAGUCUGAGGAUUUUCUAUCCGAGAACGAAUGCCUGCCUACAGAGAAUGUUGCCGUUAUUGAGGAUCUAAUGAGCGAGGAAAAGCUGGAGAAUCUGCGCGCCAUGGUCAAUGGCAAUGUGCGCAAGAAGCUUUACUUCAAUCCUGCCUACUUUGAGCCACAUCUGCUAGCGGAGCCGCCACAAGCUGCCAUUGAGUUUCUGCAAAAGAUACGCGAGGUGAUUGCCAUAGCCAAGUACAAAAUGGCCACCAAGCGCUAUCAGCCAUCGCUCAAUAUAAUACCAGAGGAGGCGCCCGUUGAAGCAAGUGGCUCACCCACGGCCACCGCCUCCGCUGGCAGCUCGCCGCGCUAUAAUGUGCCGCUGCAGCAGAAUAUGCAGACCAAGUGUCUGGGCGACAAGCGCAACAGCAUCGAGCAGUGGCUACAAAGCGUGCCCAAUACGGAGACUACACCGAAGGCCGCGCCCAACAAGAAGCCUGCAGCUGGCAACAAAAUCUCUGCGCCCAAGGAGCGACCACCGCCGCCGCCUAAUCAAAAGCAGUCACCAGAUGAGCCCAAGCGCAGUCCACAGCUGCUGAAGCCACAGACACCGCCUGCUUAUGAAAGCUAUGCCAGCUACAAGGCCACAGUCUCCGCCAAGGCCAAUGUCUAUGGCUUUGCGGAAACGGGCGGCGAGAUCUACAACAAUCCCAAGUUUAUGCUAGCGGAUUCACCCGCCGGCUCCAUGCGCAGCGCCUCCAGUCGCUCCAAAUCGCUGCGCAAACGCAGUGAAGUGCUGGAGCAGUUUGCUGCCGCCAACUCCACGCCCAACUCGCUCACCUCCUACGAUCGCCAGCACUACAACAUGCUGCGCAACAUGCGCCCCUCGGAUAUGCUCUACGAUUCGCUGAAGCGCGAGUAUGCAGCGCAUAUACCCACGCCCGACUACGACAGCACCAUUGAGAAGAAGAUCAAGGAGAUUUACAGCAGCACACAGAGCAGCAUACCCAGCGUGCCCACGCCAGACUACAGCUCACUGAGUCGCAAAUCCCUGAAGCAAUUCCAGCCGGAUUCGCCCAUUUAUCGCCGCAAGUCGCCGCAAUAUUUGAUCGUGGACUAUGAGACAGACAGUCUGGAGCGCCUGGAGCCCAGCAAGCGCAAGAGCUCACACUCCUCCAGCUCGCCCUCGUCGGAUGUUAGCUCGCAGCUAAGUCCCAGUCUGAGCACUGCGCUGCCGCUGGAGGAGGAAAUGGAAAUCAGCCAUACAGUCUAUGAUCGCUUGCAUGGCAUGCGCAAGGAGGGCGACCAGAAGAAGCGUUUUUCCGGCAAGGCGCCGCAGCAGCAUCUGCAGCAGGCGCAGCGGCAUAAACAGACAGCGGCACGCAUUAAGUACGACACGCCCUUUCGCGGCAGCAUGACCAUUGAAGUGGAGCAUGAGCCGCCCUCCGAUCUGGAGCGCACGGACAGCGAUCAGUUUGAGCCAGAUACGCUGGAUCGCAAGCCCAAGAAGCAGAGCUUCUGCGACAUUAAUCAAUGGGACAAACAACUGCUGAGCAGCCAGCAGCUGGAUGCGGAUUACAAUCAAAUGAACUCGCUGCCAGAGCUGGGACGCCAGCCAGAGAACCUGGGCGCCAGCAAACCACGCACAGCUUCGUUUAUUCUGCGCGCCAGCAGCUCCUUUCGCAAUCUGCGCGAGAUCUACGAGUCACCACUAGCUGUGCAGGAUAACUGCCAGUCGGAGCAGCAACAGAGCAGCGUCAAGCCCAACAGCGCAGAGGAAGGUCGUCUGCUUACGCUGGAAGCCAAGCACUCGCGGCGGCAGCGCGGCAUGCAGUCUUCACCCACAUUCUCCAUAGCCGAAAGCAACAAGACUACUAUAACCAUUAAUACACCCAAAGCUAGCGAGCAACGCGACAAUCCGCCUACACCACCGCCCAAGAGCAAGCCACAUUACUGUCCGCCACAACCCAAGCGGCCGCUGCCGCCGCCGCCGCCACCAGCAGUAGCAGCAGUCUGCACGCCGCCAGCUGCAGCGCCGCAGGAUGAGGACAGUUAUAGCCUGCAUAGCGAGAUAACCGAGCUUACUGGUGUGUCUGAAACUGUUGCCAACUCCAACUCUGAGUUUGACACCAUGUCCAGCGUUAUAUCCGCCAACACAGAGCCCAGCAAGAGCAGCCACAAGUCCAAGAGCAAGGAACUGCACGCUGAGCUAAACAUCGAUGAUGUCUAUGGCAAAAAGAUCAACAAUCUGCGCAAUGACUACAGCCUAACCAAGUACCUCAAUCGACGCAAAUCGCAGCAGCAGCCACAAGAAGAGCAGCCGGCCAAGCAGCUAAGCGACGACAAUGAGCGCAACAACAACAAUAACAACAACAACAAUGCCAAGUCUAUCAAAGAGCUGGACAUUGUGCAGUUUGAUGCUUUGUCCAUUAGCUCACGCUCCAAUCGCAGCAGCGGGCAGCUGUCGGAGCGCGCCAAGGAGCUUUAUCGCAAUGCAGGCGUGCCCGUGGGCAUUGCCUAUCCGCAACGCGCCGCCAGCAGCAGCGGCAGCAGCAAUGCAGCCAAUGCCAGCAAUGUGCAAACUGUUUACCGCUGUGAAAUUGAGCCUGCCCAGCUUACGGCUGGCAUGCAAAUAGCCAUAGGUUUGAAGGAUCGCGCCAAGAAGGCCAAGGAUUUGAAGAAUGCAUGGCGCAAGUUUGUCACAAUGGCGGCAAACAAAUUCAGUCCCAGCCAAAGUCCAGCGCCCACUUAUGGCAGCAAGACGCCAGCUGGUUAUUUGGAUGAUGGCAUUAUAGAUGAGGCAGCGACUAACACUGGAGCACCUGCAAGCCAGAACUACUAUGAGCAGCGCUUUGGACAGCUGGACAGCGGCUACAUGAGCACUGACUCCACGGAGCUGUACAAGCGCAGCGUUUACGAUCGCUACAAUUUCAAGAUGAUGUCCGGACGUGGGCAGGUUAUACGUGUGGACACCAUAGAGGACAAUGAGGAGGAGAGCGGACAUGCCAGUCGCUUGGAACUGGAUGCCGCUGGCUUUGAGGAUCUGGAGCAUAUGGUAGCGCCAGGCAGCAGGCCAGCAGCUAAUCCCGGUGAGGAGCCCAGCGAUGCCGAGUCGGACAAAACGUUGACGCGCUCGCAGACCAAUGUGCGUGGCAGCAGCACCACCAUGUCCUCUUACUCCUCCGAGGAUGAGCAGCGACGUGGACAUAGCACUUGCUGUGGCUCCUCGGAUGAGGAAACCAAUGCCGAAGACAUGUGGGAAUCGGGCGCUGAGAGCAUUGAAACGCACUCGGUGCUCUACAAAAUGAUACGCAAAAGUUAG